AUGGAGGCCUCUCUUCCCUCGCGGCCGCGCACUCCCAGCGACUCCAACACCAACAACACCAAUACAACCACCGCCAGCAGACCAGCAGCAGCACCGCGACGAACCUCACUCGGCUUCCUGCGACGCUCCAAGUCGACCGAGCACGUCACGGAGCGCAAGACGUCCAACAAGAUCAGCAAGAAGAUGCUGCGGGAGCAAGCCCGGGAGGAAGAAGCGCGCCGCCAGCGAGAAGCCGCCGCUGUCUCAAAGCAUGCGCCGCGCCUGCCGGACCUCUCGCCGGCGCCGCAGCUGAACUCGUUUGGAGGCGAGCGGAUGGCCUCGUACCAGCAUCAACAGCAUCUCCAGCAGCAGGGCCAGCAGCAGAGCUACCAGACGAGGCCAGUGAUGGAUGUGCCGCCUGUUCCCCCGUUGCCGCCAGGCGCGAGAGCUGCCCUGUCGAGAGACCCCUAUGCUGCUUCGGACAGCAUGACGCACCGUGGACGGUACAGCUAUGCCAGCAGUGCCGUGAGCACUAUCAACAGCCCUAGAAGGGUUAGGAGACGGAAAGAUCCUACUCCAUACAAUAUCCUGGUGGUUGGAGGGAAGAACUGCGGCAAGACGUCGUUCCUCGAGUUCCUACGCACCUCUCUGGCCCUGCCACCGAGUAAGCGGCCGACCAAGCCAGCAGAGGAUGAGGAGGCUCGCCCGCAGUCGCCCGGAACCCCCUUCACCUCGCGCUAUCUCGAGGCCGAGAUCGACAGUGAACGCAUAGGCCUCACGCUGUGGGACUCCGAGGGUCUGCAGAAGAACAUCGUUGACCUGCAGCUGCGUGAUAUCACCAGCUUCCUGGAGAGCAAGUUCGAGGACACCUUCGCAGAGGAGAUGAAGGUCGUUCGUGCACCCGGUGUCCGUGACACCCACAUCCACUGCGCCUUUCUCAUCCUCGACCCGGCCAGGCUUGAUGCAAACAUUGAGGCAGCGAAGAACGCCAUUGCUCGUGGCCAGGCAAAGGAGGCCAGCCAGUACAUCGGUGGACUAGACGUCGAGCUGGAUAUACAGGUCAUCCGCACCAUGCAGGGCAAGACCACCGUCAUCCCCAUCAUCAGCAAGGCCGACACCAUUACCUCUGCCCACAUGGCCUUCCUCAAGAAGACGGUCAGAAACAGCUUGAAGCAGGCCGGUAUCAACCCCCUGGAAGUGCUGGCGCUGGACGAGCAGGAAGAUGCCACCUCCGACGAGUUUGACGAGAAUGAAGAAGACGAAAUGCUCAAGCAGAUGGAAGAUUCCGGUGACAUCAACGACAACGAAGACACUACUGGUGACGAGUCAGGAGAAGGACAAAAGCAGCAGAAGCCUGGCCGCGCAUCAAAGGAGCCAGCAGAGGACGAGUCGGCCAUCGACCAGGUCUUCCCUCUCUCCAUCCUCUCUCCCGACCCGCACACGCUGAACAACAAGGACGAGAAGGUCGGCCGUCGUUUCCCCUGGGGUUUUGCUGACCCGUACAACCCAGAGCACUGCGACUUUGUCAGGCUGAAAGACAACGUCUUCAGUGAGUGGCGAGGAGACCUGCGUGAAGCCAGUCGUGAAGUCUGGUAUGAGAGAUGGAGGACCACCCGUCUCAACCGGACAACUAGAAAUCACACCCAGCAGCAGCCGCAGCAGCAACAGCAACAUCACUACCCCAACAGCGGACGAAUGACGAGAUGA